CUUGUACAUAUGAGAAAGAGGAGAGAAAAAAAAAAAAGUGUGUAUGAUACGUGCCGGUGGAAUCUGGGUGUUGGCUCGGGCCUCUUCCCCUCCACAGUCUCCCAGCCGAGGCUCAUCUGACAACACCCGCAGCACCAGCCGUCCGCUACAGCCACGAAGGAUGUCGCAGGAAGCCAAGCUGAAGGAGGCGUCGAAGGCUGCGGUCGCUGCUGCAAGUGACCCCCUGGAGAAACUGAGGAACCACUGCCUGUCCAACGGCUACUCCGGCAUCCUCUCCUUCGGCAAGCUGUUCCGGAGGCUGGACAAGGACCGCUCAUGGACGCUUUCAAAAGACGAGAUGAGUCGCGGCGUGGCUCAGUUCGGCCUUGACUUCUCUGACUCGGAAAUCGACCAGCUGUUCAAGGCCUUUGAGAAGGAUGGGGCUGCUGGCAUCAACUACGAAGAGUUCCUGGAGGCUCUGAGGCCAAGCAUGACCGCCACAAGGAAGGAGGCGGUGGAGAAAGUCUUCAAGCACCUGGACAAGACUGGCGACGGAGUGGUGACCGUGGAGGACUUGAAGGGCGUCUACUCAGCCAAGAACCAUCCCAAGGUGCUGAAGGGCGAGGCCACAGAGGAGGACUUGCUCAAAAAGUUCCUUAGCUUGUUCGAGAGCAACGGUUCAAUUGAUGGCAAGGUAAGCUUGAUAGAUAGAUAGAUAGCACUUAUCUUUCUAUUUAGCGCUGGUUUCUCUGCUUCAGGUGACCAAACAGGAGUUCUUUGACUACUACUCCAGCUUCAGCAAGGUGAUUGACGACGAUGAGUACUUCGUCACCGUGGUCAACCAGAGCUGGGGGCUUUAGAUCACCUCUGCUCUUAGUUCAUUGAAAGGUAUAGGGAAGAGGAAAGGUCGAGACUCAAUCAAUGCGACAGGUAAACAUAUGCAUUUUUUUUAGAGAGGCGUUAAGAAAUGAAUGUUAAAAGGAAUUAUAACUUUUUUUACGUAAGAAAGCUUAGAAAAUGAAGAUUGUUAAUUUAGGAAGUUACAAUGAGAGGAAGAAGACGCGAAAAAUUCCUUAGUUUACCAAGUUGGUCCACACCUUUUAAAUUUCUGAAGGACAGUGGCCUUUAAAAGAGCGAGAGAGAGAGAGAAAGAGAGGAAAAAAAGUCACAAAUAAAAACAAGUUACCUUUCAUAACAAUCAAAGAGAGUAUAAGAUGAAAAGUUUGAUUUUUACUCUUCUUUUUUUACACGCUGUAUCAUGUCACUGGAAUGCACAGUAGUAGUUGUGUGGUGAAGGUCCUGCUGCCGCCUCUCCUGUGUGAAGCCUGAGACGAAGCCCAAUAUUCUUAAAAGCUUCGUCAUCUUACAGCUUAAUUUUCAACAGGUCCUAGUGGAUGUUAACCCUUUUACUGCAAUCUGCCAAAACCUACAGCACUAAAGGCCUUCUACACAAUAUUUACAAGCACCUAGAAGAAAGAAAAGGAAUUUGAAAGAACUAAAUUUCCUCCUUCUAGCUAAUAUGAUGUUCAAAGACAGCCGUGGAGCAAAAGUAAAUGUUUCAGAGUGGUUUGUUUGUAAUGAAAAAACGCACCAAAGAGCAGUGUAAAGAUUAAAAGUAUUUUCGAGCCUCACUGGUCAUCUCUGUGGCCUUAGAAAAGAUGGUCCUUCUGAGAGAGUAGAGCGUUUAAGAGUACGGGCCACAGUCACGCACCAUACACGUUGUCUUCACCACCGCUUGUCACUGCACUAAAUAGUAAUCUUGCCGCCGCACAUCGCCUCCCAAGCAAUAAGUCAUUAUGUUUUUUGUUUUUCUUUUGAUGUUAUUGAAGAAAACAUAUGCACUUUAUAUUCUGAAAAGUUCAUUAAAAAAUCUAGAAAACUCCA